AUGGUGGCAGGUACAACUUUGUCUAAAAAUGCAGAUUCAUGGGAGUGGAAGGCUGGCGAGUCCAAAAUUUUCUCUGUGAAGAGCGAUUUAAUGGAUAAUAAUUUGGAUAUCCAUAAUCAUAUGGGGGAUUUUUCAUUGGGUGAAAUGGGUUCAAUUAAAGCGAAUUGUUUCGUUUGGAGCUGUGGAUCAUUCAUUGACUAUCAGAGAAAUGACGUAAUCCCUUUCAUAUUACUCCGGACUCCACUUUUUGAGUUCUCGAAACAGGCUGAACCACCGGCUGAUACGACGGUGACGGCGAAGGCGAAGUCAAGGCAUAAAAUUAGGGUAGUAUCCUUGGAGUAG